AGUAGUCAGCAGGCAUCUCACACCGGUGACAUGGCUUUGUGCCCCGCCCACAGCAGUAUGAAGAAAACAGAGGAGUUGACUAUCGCUCUGUGAUUGACAGCUAUGAACACCAAUCCUUGCAUUCCCUCUGAUGGGAUGAGGGCCUCAAGGGCUUCAGCCCAGGAAGCAGUCUUCUAUUGGAGAGUCCUGCUGGAGUAUGAGAGCAUCUCAGCACACCUGAACAGGAGGAACGGAGGCGAGGAGCCUGUCGCAGGGCAGGAACAUGGGGUGACCUGGGCCGACCUCAAGGCAGAUGACCAGUGAUGGCCACAGCAUCACCUGGACUAUUUCAGCAUGACGUCAUUAAGGCAGAACGGGAAGAAGAACUGCUGAAGUCACUGGAGAGCAUCCUUCUCACCGCCGGGCUGUCCAUCAUCAUCGUCAUGACGGUGUUUGGAAACCUGCUGGUCAUGGUGGCGCUCUGCAAGGAUCGAAAUCUACGGAAGAAAAAGACCAACUACUUCAUCGUCUCGUUGGCCUUUGCCGACCUGCUGGUGGCGCUGGUGGUGAUGCCCUUCGCCGCCAUCGAGCUGACCACCGGCGUGUGGAAGUACGGCCAGCUCUUCUGUCUGGUGCGGACCUCGCUGGACGUCCUGUUGACCACCGCCUCCAUUCUGCAUCUCUGCUGCAUUGCACUGGACAGGUACUACGCCAUCUGCUGCCAGCCUCUGGUGUACAGACACAAGAUGACCCACCUCAGAGUGGCGGUGAUGCUCGGUGGCUGCUGGCUCAUCCCCACCUUCAUUUCCUUCUUACCCAUCAUGCAAAGCUGGCACGCCAUUGGCAUCGAGGAUAUUAUCGAGGAGAGGCGUUCCUCACCAGGAGGCUCCAACGACACAAGUUGCGUGUUUGUGGUCAACCGUCCAUACGCUCUGAUCUGCUCCACGGUGGCCUUCUACGUGCCGCUGGCCCUCAUGGUCCUGGCCUACCAGCGCAUCUACGUCACCGCCAUGAGCCAUGUGCGGCAGAUUGAGACGCUACAACGCGCUGGCUCCGCCCCAGUUACCCCCGCCAUCAUCAUGAGGUCAUCGACCUGCUCGGACCACUACCACCUGAGGACGGAGCAGACUCCACUUGCCAACAGUCGCAUGCACAUUGAGACCAAAGCGGCAAAGACCCUGGCCAUCAUAAUGGGCUGCUUCUGCCUGUGCUGGGCACCCUUCUUCAUCACCAACGUGGUGGACCCCUUCAUCCACUACUCCGUGCCCUGGCAGCUAUGGACUACAUGGCUUUGGCUCGGCUACAUCAACUCGGGCCUGAACCCCUUCCUCUACGCCUUCCUCAACCGGGCUUUUCGAAGGGCCUUUCUGGUGAUUCUUUGCUGUGGGGAUGAGCGCUUCGUACGCCAGGCUAGCUCCUCCUAUGGACCCGCCCACAGAGUGUGCUCGCCAUCCGUCAACGGGACUUCCAUGGCACUAAGGCUGUACUGCAUCAACAAGCGGCAUCAGUGUAUAAAGGAUAUCACCACAUGGGCUCAGGAACACUUCAGAAACCCACUGUCAGUAACUACAGUUGGUCGCUACAUCUCUUCUUUCUGCCAUGAGAACCUCAAAGAGGCUGAACUCCAGAAUGAAAGUCAAGCAAUAAAGUGGUAUGAAAAAAAAGGUGAAGUCAACAAAGCAUCCCAUGUAAAGAUUGUCCUUCCUACCAAACCGGAGCUACUGCGACAAUGGAAGAAGGAUUCUGGCUAACGAGCAGGAGUCCCAGGACUCUCUGGGACCACUUUGAGAAAGGACUUCUCCUCUAGGAGGUCAUCAACUGAUCCAAGUGUGUUUCUAGUUCAUCUUUGACAUGAUUUGAUGUAUUGAUCAUCACUGCUGAUCAUUCCAGUUCCCAAGUGUGGAGGACAGGACUCAACAGGUGCUUGUGUUUAAGUAAGAGGGUCCAAUUUAGCACAAUUGAUGCAUCUUAGUAGUGUAAAAUACAUAUAUUGUGAAAUAGUUUUGCACUUUAAUAAAAUGACAAGAUCAUUCCACAAAGGAAGACAUUUUUACACAAAAACAUCCAAAACAGUUUGGAUUCAAAAUCUUGGAACAUUGUUAUCAGUUAAGAUAAUGCAGGGAUUAAUAUGAGGACAUUUUUGUUCUGUACUGUGCUAAAAUGACAUGUUGCUGGUCCUUAAUGUCACAUUUCAAUUCAGUAUUUUCUGAUGAAGCAAAUAUGUCUUAAUUAUUGUGUUGGAAAGUAUUUUUCUCCUGCAAUAGAAGCCAGAAUUGAAUCAUGCGUAGUUAAUAACAAACAAUCAUUUCCAUGGACUUUCAAUGAAAGAAAAAUGAGCAACUUUCUUUUGACAUGAUUGAUCAUGUACAUGAGCAUUGAAUGCUGAAUAUUAUUAUUAUUAUUAUUUGUGUUCACAGCAGCAGGAAGCAAGAAUUAGUAACAACAUGCAUCUUUUCAAUAAAUGGAUCA